CCGACACCAUCACCCAGGCCUCGACGUGCAGAUACGCGUAGGUGAACAUCAUAUUGACUCGAGGGCUGUAAUAGAUCUCAGAAGGAGGCUGCCAUGGCCCCACCUUCCUUGUCACAGAGGGGUCAGGUCAGGUUCGACACAGAAAUCGACUUACGCACAAUCACAGAUAGGUUCUAUGAUGAGAAGCUUAACCCGGAUGGUGUGAUAAGCCUUGCUACGGCCGAAAACUCUUUGUUGAGCGAAGAGCUUUCCGAGUACAUGAAUACUCACUGUCACAUCACCUCAAAUCACUUGAAAUAUCGAUCAGCGAUAAUGAACGGAUUUGGCGAGAGCACGAUUCAGGCUCUCCCGUUGUAUAUCAACGACUACGCUAAGCCUGUAUCCCCCGUGACCUCCGAGCAUACCGUCAUAGGGCCCGGUCUAGGCUCUAUCAUUGCCCAAUUUAUGUGGACCGUUUGCGACGAGGGCGACGGCGUUCUGCUGACUGCUCCUUUCUACGACGACUAUCGUCGGGACAUCAUAUACCCCGCCCGUGCUAAGGUCAUACUUGCACACGUUCCGCCAGAAGUGGAUUCUCUUUCUCUAGACUGCAUACCAUACCUUCGAUCUGCGAUCCAUACAUCGCAGCAGAAUGGCACGCGCGUCCGCGUGCUCCUGCUUUGCAACCCACAUAAUCCUGUUGCACGUGCGUAUCCAGCCGAAACUGUACUUGCGUACGCUACACUGGCAGAAGAGUUUAACUUACAUCUCCUCGUGGACGAGGUGUUUGCGAACCAAAUCUUCCCUUCGUCCUACGUCCCCAGCCCACCGCCACUCGUGUCGAUCCUGAGUCUCCCGGUCUCUCAGCCAGGAAAUCCUCAGGGCGUCGAUCCGUCGCGCAUCCACGUCCUGGCAGGCCCGACGAAAGCGUUCGGCGCGUCGGGCAUCAAGGCCGGUGCGCUUGUGUCGCAGCACAAUCCAACCAUCGUCAAGAUGCUUAAUGUUGCCCUGCGUGCAACCCCGAUUUCCUCCGCGGCUGACGCGCUAUUCACGCAUGUGCUUCUCGGUAACCUGGGGGACGGCGGACAUGAAUUACAGGGCAGGGCACAGCAACUGGGGACGUUCACGCGGUGGUACUUGGAUGAGAACGUGAAACGGAUGUCCAAGGCGUUUGACUUCGUCGGCAACUGGUGCGAUUUUCACAAGCUGAACUUUGUUCCGGCCUCCGCUGGCGUCUUCUUCCUCGUCGACUUCGAUCGCAUUAUGCCCACCGUUGGGUCUACCGGCGAACCGCUCUCUGCGCAAGCCAGGCUCGGCGCCGCCGUCGCCUCCAUGCUCCGCGAAGGCGUCUUCAUCAAACCGACAACAACGUUCGCAGAUCCCGUCUUGACGCGAUUCAGGAUAACUUUCACGCUACCUGAGAAGCAGAUGCGGAUUGCGCUACGCCGGCUUGAGAAGGCAUUUGGGCUGGUAGAAUGGCCCGGUCCCGCCAAUCUGAAUACAGCUGUACAAGGUUGAAUGGGUGAUGUUAGGUGAAUUUAUUUUUGGAAUAUACCAAUGUACACCGUAUGUAGGCCUAAAUAAC